AUGCUCUUUAAUAGAUUUACUUAGAAGAUAACUCCUUUGAAAAUAAUUAUUUCUUUGAAUAGUAAUAACAAAACUAAUAAAUGGAACUAAAUGUUUAAAAAAUAAAUUAUUUACUAAAGAAUUCACUAGAGUCAUAUAAAGCGGUUGAAAAAAUAAUUAAAAAUAAUAAUUUAUUAUUCUCGCAAGUAUUUUAAGUGUUUUUAUAGCAAGAAAUACUUGAAAUUCUCAUAUUUUUAGGAAAUAUUUAAGAAGUAUUUUAAUAAUUUGAGAAUAUUAAUUUUAUUUUAGAGUAAUAAGAAAAUUUUAAAUAAAAUCAUUUUUAGUUUUUCCUUUGUUAAUCUUAUUAAAAUCAAUCCAAAAACCUUACAGAAGAAAACUCUUUUAACAAAAUUAAAUGCACAGCUAAUGGAGAAGUAAAUAUAAUCAAUUAAAUUUACGAAAUUUAAAAGAGUAGAUAGAAGUUCUUGA